AUGAUCAAGUUCUAUGUGGCCAAUCUGGUUACCCUAUUGCCUGUGGUGUGCAUAGCUCCAGGUAACGAUUUCAUGCUAACCUGGGCACCGUUGAAACCCCAGAUCAUGUCGGAAAUUCGCACAGUUGAGGUGAUGAAAGAAUUAUUGCACUCAGCCAAACUGGAUGACUCCUGCUCUUCCGGGCCGAUCCAGUCUGUACUAUUCUCUACUGCACUCACUUCUGAUGAGUACAAUCUAUUCGAGGUGUCUCCUGCUCUCGCUGACAAACUUAUUCGACCGGGUGCCUUUACAGUGAUUGAACUGAAGGAUGAACCUCGGAAAAACAACACCGGUCGCGCUUUCGCUUGUACGGAUGAAGAAACAUUUUCCAUCGUAGAAGCAGAAACUUCCAACUCCUUACUGCUUUCCUCCAGCUGGUGGCUCCCACCUAACUCUACCAAACCGAAAUCAACCUCGAAUAAAGACAGCGCAACACAGGCCGUUGCUACCAAAAACUGCUUAUUUUCCGAAUUAUUGCCACUUACGGACCGAAAGGUCUGUGGUUCGAACCCAACCUCAGCUUCUCAAUUGCUCCUGUCUAGGCUUGGGCAAACUGGCACUAUUCUAGUCCUAGCGCCUUCUUUCCUAACCUGGGCACCGUUGAAACCCCAGAUCAUGUCGGAAAUUCGCACAGUUGAGGUGAUGAAAGAAUUAUUGCACUCAGCCAAACUGGAUGACUCCUGCUCUUCCGGGCCGAUCCAGUCUGUACUAUUCUCUACUGCACUCACUUCUGAUGAGUACAAUCUAUUCGAGGUGUCUCCUGCUCUCGCUGACAAACUUAUUCGACCGGGUGCCUUUACAGUGAUUGAACUGAAGGAUGAACCUCGGAAAAACAACACCGGUCGCGCUUUCGCUUGUACGGAUGAAGAAACAUUUUCCAUCGUAGAAGCAGAAACUUCCAACUCCUUACUGCUUUCCUCCAGCUGGUGGCUCCCACCUAACUCUACCAAACCGAAAUCAACCUCGAAUAAAGACAGCGCAACACAGGCCGUUGCUAUCCCCAACACCGUGAUUGCUGUGAAAAAGUCCUAUUACGAGUUGCAUAGGUCUAUCGCUCCUUCGUUGCGGUUGUUGAAACAGUACCUAUCCACUUCCACUUAUCACGGACCGGUUGAAGAUGGUAAUCACUUAACUUCAGAUGAAUCGACGCUUAUGAGUCCGCCCCUUCACAGUCGAUCAGACCUCAUCCAAGCAUUCCCGUGCAGUCCAACCGAAUUAAGUUUGGCUCUAAAACGGUUGAGAGCCUGUGAAGUUGACGGGGCCAUCAGAAUUAUGGAUAGAGAAUAUCUGACGCAGGUGAUUCGAGACAUGUUUUCUUGUGCCGAUGAAAAUGCGUGGAACUGGCGGAAACAAGGAUUUCCUUACAAAGCUGUUCUGGACAGUUUGUCCAGUCAGCAUGAAGAGUCACUUUUGAGGCAGAUCAUCCCGUUGUUUUUCUCUCGAAGCCGUGAUUCAAGCCUCUUCUCCAGUCAAGGGGAAUUCUACAUGUUCCCGAGAAAUUCAAAGAUUUGCCAGUUAAUUGGUGAACACCUCCUGUCGGUCACCCAUAGCUUUGAUAUGACGGAUUUUCUGGCUGUUUGGAAGGCUGCUGUACCUGAAGGUUUGAGGCCUAAACUUCGGAAACACUUGACUUGUGCAGGGCGCGCCUAUUCGGAAUUGCCUCCCUCUAGAACACUCCUUGGUUCGACCGCAAAUCAGACGUCUGUAGAUGUGAAUUCUUCUCGAUUUCGUAGUAUAUCCCUCCUGUGUUCCGAAGAUCUCCCAGAUGAGAGCGUGGAAGUACGCCUAGGCGCAUUAUUUCAAAGAUGUAGCUUCUGGCCCGAAGCGGAGCUGGCCAGUUAUCUGACCGAGUUGUUAGUUAGCCCGUUGGAUUCCAAAAAGUCAGAAGCGUCCACCACCACCACCACGUCAGUUCCGUUUAUGACUUCAGAUUCUGACUCAGAUUUCAAUAUGUUGAUAUCCCGUUGUUUUUCUCUCGAAGCCGUGAUUCAAGCCUCUUCUCCAGUCAAGGGGAAUUCUACAUGUUCCCGAGAAAUUCAAAGAUUUGCCAGUUAAUUGGUGAACACCUCCUGUCGGUCACCCAUAGCUUUGAUAUGACGGAUUUUCUGGCUGUUUGGAAGGCUGCUGUACCUGAAGGUUUGAGGCCUAAACUUCGGAAACACUUGACUUGUGCAGGGCGCGCCUAUUCGGAAUUGCCUCCCUCUAGAACACUCCUUGGUUCGACCGCAAAUCAGACGUCUGUAGAUGUGAAUUCUUCUCGAUUUCGUAGUAUAUCCCUCCUGUGUUCCGAAGAUCUCCCAGAUGAGAGCGUGGAAGUACGCCUAGGCGCAUUAUUUCAAAGAUGUAGCUUCUGGCCCGAAGCGGAGCUGGCCAGUUAUCUGACCGAGUUGUUAGUUAGCCCGUUGGAUUCCAAAAAGUCAGAAGCGUCCACCACCACCACCACGUCAGUUCCGUUUAUGACUUCAGAUUCUGACUCAGAUUUCGAAUAUGUUGAUGUGAUGGUCGAUUUAGACCAGUAUGAUGGUGAUGUCGACAGUGGAAGGGAUAAUCCUAAACCAGUUCCUCCUAGUGUUGGUUCUGUCCUUAGUCGACUUUGUCGAGUCACAAACACCAAGUCUGGGCGUUUUUAUACAGAAAAGCAUCCCGUUACAUGAGCAACCAUGCCUUUUUCCCCACUUUGCCUGUCCGUACAUUCUUUAUUUUUAUACGAUACAGUAACAUCCAGAUUCAAUGAUUAACACUUGCUGACUCCUCUGCCCAGAAAGAAUGUCAUUCAGGAAUCCUAUUUUUUCGUUGUUCCUGAUCUUUGUACUUUCAGAUUUUUUCCAGCCG